AUGAGAGGGGCCACGCGGGUCUCGGUCCUGCUGCUGCUGGUGGCGGUGUCCGACUGUGCCGUGAUCACCGGGGCCUGUGAGCACGAUGUCCAGUGUGGAGCGGGCACCUGCUGCGCCGUCAGCCUGUGGCUCCGGGGCCUGCGGAUGUGCACCCCGCUGGGCCGGGAAGGAGAGGAGUGCCACCCAGGGAGCCGCAAGAUCCCCUUCUUCAGGAAGCGCCAGCACCACACCUGCCCCUGCCUGCCCAACCUGCUGUGCUCGCGGUACCUGGGCGGCAGGUACCGCUGCUCCGCGGACUUGAAGAACAUCAACUUUUGA